CAUUUGGAUACUGGGCGGUGCCCCGUACAACUGUCCUUUCAAACAACCCCUAUUUCAAAAUUUGUGUGUAAUGGCGUUGGUGAGGAGCGGGAUGUACCAGAUUUCAACUGUUUGUAUGCACUGCAAUUCACCCUUACCUUCCAACCCUCGCGAUGUCGAUUCGCGGAAUCUUCCCCAUCGGCAUCGGCACCGAUAUAUGUCAAAUAUCCAGAAUAUACAGAAACCUGAGUUCGGCCACGGGUCCGCGGUUCAUCCAUCGCAUCCUCACACAGAAGGAGUUGCAAGAGCCUAGGACGUCGACGUUGCUGCAAUGCAUCCUCAAGUAUGAUGAGAAGCAGCAGCAUCAGCACGAACACCAACACGAAAAGCGUCACGCUGAUUCGUCACCCUAUACCCCGAAGGACCCGGCGAUACUUAAAGCAGCGGAGUUCAUGGCAGGCAGGUUCGCAGCGAAAGAAGCAGUGAUGAAGGCCUUUGGGUUCCGGAAGAUAUUCUUUGGCGACGUCGAUAUCACCUACGAGCACCGUCUACCAUCACCUGGGAAUCAUGGUGAAGAGAUUAAGGAGGAGGGGGGGGAGGAAUCUAUCACUGGAUCGUCACACCCGGACGAGAAAGAAGGAGACGACAGUAACAAGGGUAGUCCGCCGAUAGCCGUGGUUAAGGGCGAUGGAAUGCACCGGGAUGCGUAUGCGCGACUGAGCAUUAGCCAUGAUGGGGAUUAUGCUGUGGCCAUGUGUUUGGCAUAUUUUAACGAUGCAAAGGCGUAGGAUUGUUAGGAUAUCUUCACUGUAGAAAUAGUUGUAUCAAUUCUAAUGCAAACAAAUUCAAAG